ACAACAUGGCGGACUAAGCUUGCGACUUUUCUUGAAUGUCGAUCGGUCGGUUAAAAUUAUAUUCAGAGGAACCUUGAUAGCCUGUGAUGGCGUUCCAACCCCUAGGAGGGCAAGAAUCACAAAACCGGCAGAUUCUUCAAGAUCUUCAGCAAAAACGACAGAUGCUUUUGAAUCAAGGGCAAGGUGUUAUGGGGUCAAAUCUCCCCUCAAACCGCUCAAUAGGACCAGAAACUUCCACUGCUCCAGUUGUAAAACUACAUGACACCCCAGUCAUUCGCAACCCAGCUGACAUGUCACUAAGUCAGCGGCAGGCUCUUGAGCAUGCUAAUGCAACAUCAUCUGGAUAUUUCAUAUCUCAAGACUCAGCCCAUGGAAACCUUAUUUUGCCUGUUUUACCAAGAUUUGAGAGCGACCAAUGAUGAGAACAUGAAACUUUGGCAAAACGCAUGGAACUCAGUUGAAGUAUUGAUCUUAAGUGACUGACUUUCAAUGUAAAGUAGACACAAACGUCUUUGUGGCAAGCUGGUGAAUGAGAAAACUUUAGAGUUUGUUGAAGAGAAAGAUCUUUCUGAUUAGCUCUAAAAUGUGCUCCAAUAUACUCUGCCUCCAUCCCUGUGCAUUUGCUUAUUUGGUUUCAGAGAUGAGAUGGCCUACAGUAGUCAUUCAGGAUAUAUGUACUUAAACAGUUCAUCAGUCCCUAUUACUCUGAAUAAAUUUUCAAAAAUAAUUGUGA